CACGAUACGUGCCUUUUACGAUUGAAUAAAUAACUCGACCGAUUCGCGAACGUGCAGUUGAUUUUUGCGGCGUCUCAAGCCUCUUCCUCCGCGAUCAUGAGGGAUCUGAACAAAAAAUCGAACUCCCAGGAUCGUUUGAACGGCCGCGAGUACGACACGGUCGCGGGAAACGGAAACGGAAACAAUGGCCUUGAUUCAUCCACAGUUCAAGACGACGAGGAACAACCGAUCGAUCCGUUCUGCGUCGAGAACCGUCCUCACAAGAUCACCUUCGAGGACAUUACCUCGGCUGCGUUCAAGAUCAAAGGUGGAAUCAUCAACACGCCAUGCGUGAAAUCACGGCUGUCAGAUAUGACCGGUAUCGAUCUUUACUUGAAGAAGGAUUUCCUUCAAUUGACGGGAAGCUUCAAGGAACGAGGUGCUAGGUACGCUUUGGUGAUGCUGCCCGAGGAACAGAAGAAGAUCGGUGUGAUCUCAGCCUCGUUGGGCAAUCACGCUCUUGCGCUUUGUUAUCAUGGAUGCAAACUAGAGAUACCGGUGACCGUGGUGAUGCCAGUAUUGGCGCCCAUCAUGAAGAUCGCUGCUUGUCGUCAAUACGGUGCCAACGUGAUCGUCGAAGGAUUAGACAUGGGCGAGGCGAAACGUAUCGCUCUUCGAUACGCGAAAGAAAAAGGAUUGACGUACAUAAAUGGUUAUGAUCAUCCAGACAUCAUGGCAGGUCAAGGAACCCUGGGUCUCGAAAUAGUAGAACAAGUUUCAAACAUCGACGCGGUUGUGAUCCCCGUUGGAGGUGGUGGUUUGAUCGCAGGAGUAGCUUUAGCAGUGAAAACGCUUCAUCCAAACAUAACGAUCAUCGGCGUUGAAUCAGAAAGGUGUCCCAGUUUUCAUUCGGCGCGAAAGGCGGAUCGACCGAUACACACCCCUAUAGAGUCCACUUUGGCCGAUGGUUUGGCGGUUCCCAUGGUUGGAUAUAACGCUUUUGCCACGGCUAACCCAUUGAUUGACAAAUUAGUCGUGGUGAAGGAGGAGUGGAUAGCCAUUGCGAUCUUGAAAUUGGUGGAGAACGAAAAGUGCAUCGUCGAGGGUGCUGGAGCCACCGGUUUGGCCGCCAUUCUGGCCGGUCAGCUGGAAGAACUCAAAGGGAAAAGAGUGGUGUUGCCACUUUGCGGAGGCAACAUAGACACAACGGUACUGGGAAGGUGUUUGGAACGAGGCUUGGCAGCGGAAGGUCGCCUUUUGAAGUUUGCGGUGACUGUGUCCGAUCGGCCAGGUGGAAUCGCGGAACUUUGCAAAAUGUUGGCCAGCAUCGGUGUCUCCAUAAAGGACAUCAUGCACGAGCGAGCUUGGAUCAUGGCGGACAUCUUCAGCGUGGACGUGAAGGUGGUCUGCGAGACCAGGGACCGGGAACACUCGGAACAACUGAAAAAUAUGUUGCAUCAAAAUUAUCAAAGAGUCGUGUUUGGCUCCAAUGAAACGUCAAUUUACACUAGUGCAAUGUAAGACGUGCAAUUAAGACAUUGAAAAUCAACAUUAAGGGACAUUUUUUGAAAUGUCCAAUCACGAAAUUUAAAGAGUUUGCAUAUAAUUCUGUCAUCGUGGAUAAGACGAGCUGUUUAAGAUAAUGAAAUAUUGUAAAAAUAGUAGAUAAUGUAUAUAUUUUUUUAAAUAAAAGCACUAUCUGAUGGUAGUCAAAAUGUUAAAGUA